UUUACUCCACGUCCGCAUCCUCUCUAUUGAAUCCUUUUCUCCUCACCGUCUCUCUUCCACCAUUGAGCCCACACAAACGAAAGCGCUGCGCCUGCACUCUCAAUUCAACCGGCAGACGAGCCAUUUUGUCGCCGCUUUCUCCUCCCUCCUCCUCUCCCAUCCCAUCGCCAUUUUUCCCUCCAUCCAUCCAUCCAUCCAUCAUCCCCACGACGCGGCGCCGUCAUGGACAGCGACUACUUGGAAAACCCUCUUUACAGCGAGCUCAAGCACUUCUGCAGGAAGGUCCAGGAGGCCUACGCCGAGCUCAAGGAGGAAUUGACACCGUACCGGGAUGAACGCUUUUACAGAAGUUCCUAUCCCGCCCAGCCCCUAUUUGGUGACGUCACAAGUUUGUUUCCGCCCAGCUAUUCUGCCCGGAAGUAUAUACUCACAGCCGUCAAAACGGCACAAAUGGAGCCAUUGGCGCCCAUGCGUCUCUACACUCUGUCUAAAAGACAUUUUGUGUUGGUCUUCGUGGUGUUCCUCGCUUGUUUCGGCCUCACAGUCUUAAUUGGAAUUGCAGGUCCAAAGAUACUCUCUGAGCAAGUGUACAGUGGGGAUCAGUUCCUUGCCAAAAAUAUCUCAGUUAACACUGGGCCCUUCAAUCUAAAUUCUCCACCUCUGACCACAUAUCACCAGCAGUUGUGGCUCACCUGUCUAAUACAGGCUGAACACAUUAAUGUGGGCGACUUCCAGCAGCCUUUCGAUAUUAACGUGGAGCUCAACGGUGUGAUGCAGGACGCCAGCAUGACGCACAUCAACAGCGUACGCAGCAAGUCGCGAACGCUGCACUGCGGUGCCAAAUGCGAUGAGAUCAUCGUGCUGCAUCUGGGCUACCUCAACUACAACCAGUACCAGGUCACAGUCAGCUUCAAAGGCCUUGAAAAUAUCACGUAUGAUCUCAAGGUCAACUUUGUGUGGACAACCUACAAUCCAACCUUUUCCCAAGUGGAGAUCUGGUUCCGCUUUGUCUUCGUGGUGUUGACCUUCAUGGUGACGUGUCUUUUUGCUCACUCGCUGAGGAAGUUUUCUAUGAGGGACUGGGGCAUCGAGCAGAAGUGGAUGGCCAUCCUGAUGCCUCUGCUACUGCUCUACAAUGAUCCGUUUUUUCCGCUGUCCUUCCUGGUGAACAGCUGGUUUCCCGGUAUGUUGGACGCCUUCUUCCAGGCACUGUUCCUGUGCGCUCUGCUGCUCUUCUGGCUCUGUGUCUACCACGGCAUACGUGUUCAGGGCGAGCGGAGAUGCUUGACCUUCUACUUGCUGAAGUUGGUCAUCGUGGGCCUUCUGUGGCUCUCGGCCGUCACGCUUGGCAUUUGGCAGACGGUCAACGAACUCCAAGACCCCACCUACCAGUACAAAGUGGACAUAAAGAACUUUGAGGCCAUGAAGGUGUUCUUCCUGAUUAUCGUUGUCCUCUACAUCCUCUACUUGAUCUUCCUGAUUGUCAGAGCCUGCUCGGAACUCAAGAACAUGCCUUACUCAGAUCUGCGGCUCAAGUUCUUGACAGCGCUGACGUCUGUGGUCCUCGCAAUAAGCUUGGUCAUUCUCUACUUGAGGUUCGGUGCCAAGGCACUCCAGGACAACUUUGUGGCCGAGCUGUCCACUCACUACCAAAACUCAGUCGAGUUUUUGUCCUUUUAUGGCCUACUCAACUUUUACUUGUAUACAUUAGCAUUUGUGUACUCACCCUCCAAAAAUGCCCUAUACGACUCGCAGUUGAAGGACAAUCCUGCUUUCUCCAUGCUGAACGACUCAGACGAUGACGUCAUAUAUGGGAGCGAUUACGAGGAAAUGGCUUUAAAAAAUGGCCGUGCGUUUAAAGCAACCGCCAACUUUCAGGACGAGAGCGAUAGCGACUGAUGUGGUAGAUACAAACAGACAAAAAGCAUCAUGUGUAUGUUUGUAAAUAAGAAGUAUUUUCACAAUGAGCCGCUGCAAGUGUACAUAAGUAUAUUUUUAAAACAGGACCACUUCUCCAGAAUGUACUGUAUUGUAGUUCUACAGAAAAUGGGAGGCAUGUACUUUUUUUUUUUUUUUUUAAAUCGCAAGUUUUAUUUGUACUUCACAACUGGCAUUUGUUCACUACAAAGGUGUAGUAAAACCACACUGAAAAGAAAACAAAAAAGGAAAAAAUAAUCUAAAACAAAUAGAUUUGUAAAAUGAGGAAAAAGUUGUCAUGUAAAAGAAUAAAGUUGUAAUGUUAUGAGAUUAUAGUAGUAAUGAUUGGAUUAUUAAAUUUUGACAAGAAUAACAUUGUGAGGAUAAAGCCGUAAUUUGACAAGAAUAAUGUUACAAGAAUGAAGUCGUAAGGUUGUGAGAAUCAAAUUGUAAUAUAACUGGAAAUAAUUUAUUUCAAGGGAAAAGUUCUCAUGUUACGAAAAUGAAGAAACAUUGCAAGAAUAUAGAAAGUAAAAGUAGAAAAUAAACAAAAGAAAUACGUUUGUAAAAUUAUGAGGAAAAAGUCUGUUAUGAUCAUAGUAGUAUUAUAAGAUAAAGUCGUAAUGUUAUGAGAAUGAAGAGAUGUUUUGAGAUUAACGUUUUAAUGUAAACAAUAGUCCUAGUGUUUGUUGUCAUUUUACAAAAAAUAUGUGAUAUUACGAUAAUACAAUUGUAAUGAGAGUGAAGUCGUAACGUAAGAAUAAAGUCCAAAUUAACAACAUUUUUCGUAAUAUUACAACUUUCUACUUGUAAUGUUACAACUUCUUGUCUUGGCUUUAUUAUGUAGAUUUCAACGUAAUUCUAAUUAUGUGACAUUCUUUUCAGUGUGACCCUAAAUACUCUUUUGUACUGAACACGUCAAGCUUUUCAAGUAACAAAAGAAGUGCUAAUAUUUUUGGGGGAUUUUUUUUCAUUUUAUUUUAACUUAUUUGUUUAGUAAGACAAUCCUCACUUUGUAUGCUUCCUGUUUUGACUACUGGUAUCUAAUACUCUUCAUUGCGAGCUACUGUGUGACAUCAUAAUGACAUGAAGUGUGACCAAAGCUGAAUUUUAACUUUGUGACGGUUGGGAAGUAAAAGCAGCGGCACGUUGAUCUCUUCAUCCAUGUAAGUGCCAAAGCUGCGUAUCAUGUUUCUUACUUUCUGCGAAAAACAGGGGUUUUGUAAAUGCACUUUAAUUUAUUUGUUGAAAUUUCAUACUGUAUUGUUUUAAAGAAUUAUGUGAAUUUCUACUUUACUACUGUUGAAAAUUUCUUACAUACUACUAUCAAGUCAUCUUUGCCUUUAUGUAGAAAUCAGUAUAUAAAUGUUAUUUUUUUCACCACACAAUGCACCAGUAUGCCAAACAUUUACCACCCUCUGCUUCGUCCAAGUUUACAAGGAGCCAAAACGAAUAUCAUCACUUGAAUCCCAACGACAUGGUGCCUUUUCUUCACGUCAAACCUAUUAGUAAACGGUUAACAUGUACAAGCCCUCAUCUUUCGAUGUGAAUGUAGUGUCGGUUGUAAGUGCCGUAACGAGACGGCGGGUCCUGAUCUGUUUCAAAUAAACAAGGGGAAAAAAAUAUCACUUGGAAAAUAAUAAAGCACAAAUGGCUCAUUUUA